GUUCUAAUGAAAUAUAAAAACUAAGCAUUAAACAAUACAACCACUGUCAUGAAGGUGGUCUUACAAGCCCGUAACGGACGUUAACCUACCGUUAGCUCGUCUCAAGCCUUGUUUAGUCAGUCGUUCGUUUCGCUGAACUUCGGACAUUUCCGACAAUUUUCGACAGCAGAGCCGAUUGAGCGCCAAACUUCAGAGCAGCAGUUUAGAAAGUAAUGAAAAUGAGCUAAGAUCUUAAAAGCUUACAUCUUCUUUCUAAAGAGAGGACUGUAGCUAUGUUUAGGAAUAAGUCUGCCUGGUUCUCGAGCAGUGUGCCAGAGACAUGUCACGAGUUUUGGAUACUGGAGGGUGGCUCCAUCGCUGACUGGAGAACAGCAGAUUAUCUUUUCAGUGCGGAUGCUAAAUGUCCCGAUACUCUGAGGAUAUUUGAAAGCAAAGAUUAUCUCUGGAACAAGGUGGUGGUUUUUCACAGCUUGUUUCUGUCCGUAUGUGAGAACCGCCAGAGUGUGAAGUCUGUGCGUAUUGGUCAUUAUGUGCUGCCUCCAGCCUCAGUACAGGACGAGGUGAGACAUGUGGUUGGGAGGUUGAUUUGGGAGUGUGAAGAAGAGCGGUCGGUGGCUGAAGAUUUCAAUGAGAGUUUUAGUUUCCAGACAGAAGAUGGGUACACUGAGAAAAGCAAAAGCAGCUCUGAAACAUCUGACACAAACUCACAAAGUGAAGACUCUUCAUGUGCUCAUAAUCCAUCUGAUAACAUGCUCACAGGGUGCGUGAGCAUGGACAGCCUGCAGAAAUAUUCAGGUGAUCUGUUUGAUCUUCCUCCCGAAUGUUGUCGGAAGUAGAUGUCGCACUAUUUGCAGUUGCAAGCUGUAGAUAAUUUACUGAUUACUACAAAUGAGUUAUGUUUCAUAUUCCAGUAAAUUUGCAUUGUCUACCUGCACUUGAGUGUGCAGUGACAAUAA